AUGAAGUAUCUUGGUCUGAUCCUCGACAGCCGCUGGAGCUUCGAUGCGCAUCUCGACCGUCUCGUCCCCCGAGUUGAAAAGGCGGCGGCCUCUUUGGGCCGUCUGCUGCCCAACCUCGGGGGACCGGGAGAUCUGGUGCGCCGCCAAUACCUAGGCGUGGUGUGGUCUAUGGCCUUACAUGGCGCCCCGAUAUGGGCGCCGUACGUGAUGGUCAGCCGGCGCAGCACGCGGUUGUUGCGCCGGCUGCAGAGGCUGAUGGCCAUCCACCUCAUACGGGGAUACCGCACCGCGUCUACCGUAGCGGCGCAUGCUCUGGCGGGAGAACUUCCCUUCGAUCUUCAGUCGGCGUUCACCUCGUGGCGGGAGGGACGGUUUGGUAGGCUCUCCUACCGAGCGACGCAGGUGUUCACCGGGCAUGGCUGCUUCGGUGUCUACCUGUGUCGCAUCGGGCGGAAAGCGACGACGGUGUGCCACCAUUCUGGCGCAGAGGAAGACUCGGUGCAGCACACGCUGGAGGAAUGUCCCGCCUUUUCAGAACUGCGCCGAGUCCUAAAACGGGAAGUCGGCCACGACCUCGCACUCUCCAGCCUAUUUGGUGCCAUGCUGGAGAGCUCAAGGAAGUUGGCGGCAGCAAUUUCUUUCUGCGAACAG